AAGGUCGAUUUGUGGUCACUCGGUAUCAUGGCUAUUGAAAUGGUUGAAGGAGAGCCACCUUAUCUCAACGAAAAUCCACUUAAAGCAUUGUACCUUAUUGCCACAAAUGGCAAGCCUGAAAUUAAGGAAAAAGAAAAACUUUCCAUUGUAUUUCAAGAUUUUUUAAAUCAAUGCUUGGAAGUUGAUGUUGAACGUCGUUCCGGUGCUGCGGAGUUACUGAAGCAUCCUUUUCUUAAACUAGCACGUCCAUUAGCCAGUCUGACGCCGCUAAUUAUGGCCGCAAAAGAAGCCACUAAAGGAAACUGAUUAAAAACAUAAAAUAAGGAUAUAAAACUACUUAAAAGCUGAUAUGGAAGAUAAUAAACAACUUUAUACACAUAAUUAUAUAUAAAAACAUAU